UCAAGACCUAUUAGAAUACAUUACGUGUCUAUAUUUUGAUAGACAUGUGGCUAAAAAAAUAAAUCCAGCCUUCUUCUAAAAUACGAAAAUCACACAAAAUGACAAUUUACAAAUAAUCGAACUUCAUUUCUAAUCGGAAACAAAACAAAAACCAGCUUUUUUUGAUUAUUGUUUUGACUUGAGUUAAAUAAUAUUUUUUUUGGAAGAACAAAAUGAAAUUAAUUUAUCUGUUAUGGAUGCAAAUUUUGUGGCAUUAUGGAUCGGUGGAUUCAAUGUUUAAAUCAAAUAAGAAUCAGUUAGAAUCAUGCUUUUGUCAGUUACACGGUGUUCUAGACGAUUGUACAUGCAGUGUCGAUACUGUGGAUCACUUCAACAACGUUCUAAUCUAUCCCCGUUUACAAAGUUUACUAGUCAACGAUUAUUUUCGAUUUUACAAAGUGAAUUUAAAGAAACCGUGUCCAUUUUGGUCGGACGAUAGCCGUUGUGCAAUCCGCUAUUGUCACGUCGAAGCAUGCCACGAGAGUGAUAUACCAACGGGUCUCAAAGGACACGUGGAAGAACCAAUUCCAACACAUAACAAAUAUACGGAUAAAUCGGAUUGUACGGAACCGGAUGAUUUAAACGAGGAGCUAAGUUACUUAAACAAGACAAUUAGUGCGGAUUUAUAUAAAGAGUUUGCGCUCUGGAAGAAAUAUGAUGAUGCUCAAGAUAAUUUUUGUAUAAAUGAUAACGAAGGUGACACGGAUGCUGAAUAUGUGGAUCUUCUAUUGAAUCCAGAACGAUAUACAGGAUAUAAAGGACCAUCUGCGCAUCGGAUAUGGCGUAGUAUAUACAAGGAGAACUGUUUUCGACCGAAGAAAACAUUUACAUCGCAUGUGUUGUCGGAUAAUAUAAACAAUAUGUGUUUAGAGAAACGUGUAUUUUAUCGAGUUGUUUCUGGGCUACAUGCCAGCAUUAAUAUCCAUCUGUGUUCGAAAUAUCUGUUAUCUGAAACGAAGAAAGAUUUAUCAUUUGGACCGAUUGAAGGGCAAUGGGGACCGAAUUUAGAUGAAUUUACACAACGUUUCGAUCCAGAAACAACAAACGGUGAAGGUCCACAAUGGUUACGUAAUCUAUAUUUUAUAUAUUUAUUGGAAUUACGUGCUUUAGCAAAAGCUGCACCAUAUUUGUUGCAAGAACAAUAUUUUACGGGCAAUGAACUCAAAGAUGAAGAUGUUCGGGCUGCUAUCAAAGAUUUACUGCAAGUUAUUAGAUCAUUCCCAGAACAUUUUAAUGAGAGUACGAUGUUUAAUGGUGGACAACAAGCGCAAAAAUUAAAAGAAGAAUUUCGCUUACAUUUUCAAAAUAUUUCCAAGAUAAUGGAUUGUGUUGGUUGUGAUAAAUGUAAAUUAUGGGGUAAAUUACAGGUUCAAGGAUUGGGUACAGCUUUAAAAAUAUUAUUUUCUGGUAAAUUCGAUAAUGUUGAUCCAAAUGGUGAAGAUAUAUCGAAAUUACCAAAACGUAAAUUUCAAUUAGAACGUAGUGAGAUUGUCGCGUUACUUAAUGCAUUCGGAAGAUUAUCGACGAGUAUUUUUGAGCUAGAAGAGCUUCGAAAACGAAUAAGAACAAGGCGAAUUGAUAUUUGAUUAUCGACAAGUAUUUACGAAUUAGAAGAAUUUCGACGAAUGGCGAGGUAAUAGAUUUUAAGUAUAAGUUUAGUAAAUAAAUUUAAAAGUAUCCACGGACAGAAAAAACAUCACAAUCUAAAAUAUUGUAUAUAAAACAAAUCGAUGUGUAUAGUAAAAAAAAAACAAUUAUUUGGUUCUUAAAUUCUGGGAAUAUAUAUUUUCUAUUUUUUUUUCUAAGUAAUUCUAAAAAAUUUCUAAAUCAUUGUAUUUCAAUUACCAAACAAUUAUUCUUUCAUAAUUAAAAAUACGUAAUUGCAAAAUCAUAUUCAAUUAUUCCCCCCUCAGUUUACUAGCACUCUCUGAGCCACUCAAGUUUCUAAAAUAAUUUAAAUAUUCAAAUUGGAAAAUAAUUAUUCAAUUGAAAUCCUCCUUGUAGGGACCUUCUCAAAUUUGUCAGGGCUCGUAGACAGUUUAAAGGUUAAUCCGGCUCUGGCCACAGCCUAUUUACAAUAAACAUUGAUAAAAAAUGGUCCAGUUUAAGGGGCUGAUUUAAGCACAUUAUAUCCCAUUGGAAAAAUAACUUAUAGCAUUUUUCGAAAAUAUGUAGUUUCAAAAGAAAAUUGUUGAUAGUUUGAAAGAGAUCAUGCGACAGUGUACUUAGAUUUGUGCGUGUACUUAGCGUUAAUUUUGAAGGAAAACUUAACUAUUUUUAGUCUUUGAUAUUUUCUUCUAUCUCGAUUUUUAAAAGAUAUAUUUUGAUAGGGACAAACGCAUGAACUGUUUUUCGAAGAAGGACUUUUUUCCAAUUACGAUUUCCUCGGUUUAUACCUGUCUCCCCUCAAGGCAUACUGUAAAUACUUUUUGAUUGAAGAUAAUUGUUUAGUAAUCGAAAUACUUUUAGAAAUUAGGGGAAAUUGAAGUGAAUAAUCAGGGUAUCAAUUACAAUCCGCAAAAAUAUAAAUACGACACUUUUUGUUUUCGAA